AUGGACGGCAUACCCUCUCGACCGCCCGACUACGCUCUCCCCAGCUAUGACGACGAGCACGAUCACACGCCCACUGGGUCUGGAGGAGCAGCAGUCAGACUACUGACGUCUAUGGAAGAACCGCUGCCAGAGACGAGACCGUAUGUACACCCAGAGACGGCAUUGGCCCCUCCAGCCCUCGUUCCAGCUCCGCUUGCUUUGGCCAAGGAGAAGAUCACGGUCGAGAUAUCCACACCGGAUCACCUCGAGUCGCUUAAGAAGCAAGAGGAGGCCCAGACACCUACAAGAAACGGUGUCGGGGCUACUUCCCCCGGUGCCACAUCACCGAAGCGCAAAGACAUCCCCAAGCGCUCUCCCACUGUAAAGUUGCAGAGAAAGAAGAAACCCGCGCACGUGGUCGAGGCCGAGAUCGCGCAGAGUCUGCCGUCCAUCCCUGAAGGACCGUCCCCAAGAAGAAGUUCUCUUCGCAACAAUGCGCCCAAAGUCACCUUCAUAUCUCCAAGCAGACCCAGUACAGAUAACAGCGGUAGCUCACACAAGAAACAUAACAGUAUCCGACCGAGUCCACGCCGAGCAUAUCAACAUUCAGUCAGAUCUUCACUCUCUAGAGCGUCAUCGAUCCUCGAUCCUCCACAUAUUCCACUCCCAGACUCAGCUUACGAGCCUUUUCGGGCCAGAGAAAACGGGUCACCCACACGGUCCUGGAGUCCAUCGAGGAUGUCCGUAACGUCUGACUAUGGCCGUCCGCCGCCUUCUGGCGUGCAAUACGAACCACCAGAUCUACAUGGCAGUCCAAGGCCGGGGACACCGUCCUCCAGAUACGGCGGCAGCCCUCGUAGACCUCUUCCACCAGCACCCCUGUUCUCCGGAGCGGCGGCUCGCGGCUCCCAAUUCACGGCCGAUGAUGCUACUGUCAACAUCCCGCUAGAUGGAGGUGAUGACGUGUUCGGACCUGAGUCGGAUAUCAGUGGCGCGCGGCCUUAUAGAGACUCGUACGCGGCACAGUCGCAGAUGACCCUUAAUGAGGAGGAAGCGCAGACGCCGUUGGACGAGAAGGUCGAGUUCUACGGUUCAGCCCCCGAAGGACACCAGGAACGCCGCGGUGUGCGCAAUCCAGUCACGUCGAAGAAGGAGGUGCAUCUCAUCAACGGCGAGCUUAUCCUAGAAUGCAAGAUCCCGACCAUCUUGUACAGUUUUCUGCCCCGCCGGGACGAGGUCGAAUUCACCCACAUGCGAUACACGGCGGUAACAUGCGACCCGGACGAUUUCGUCGAGAAGGGAUACAAACUGAGACAGAACAUUGGCCGGACGACCAGAGAGACGGAACUGUUCAUCUGCGUCACCAUGUAUAACGAAGACGAGAUCGGGUUCACGCGCACCAUGCACGCCAUCAUGAAGAACGUCAGCCAUUUUUGUUCACGCAACAAGUCACGUACCUGGGGUGAGAAGGGGUGGCAGAAGAUUGUCGUCUGCGUCGUAUCCGAUGGACGAGAGAAGAUCCACCCGAGAACGCUGGAUGCGCUGGCCGCAAUGGGCGUCUACCAGCACGGAAUCGCCAAGAACUUCGUCAACCAAAAGGCGGUGCAGGCGCAUGUCUACGAAUACACCACACAAGUCUCGCUCGACGCCGACCUCAAGUUCAAGGGCGCUGAGAAGGGCAUCGUGCCUUGUCAGAUGAUCUUCUGUCUGAAGGAGCGGAACCAACGGAAGCUCAACUCGCACCGAUGGUUCUUCAACGCACUCGGCAGGGCCUUGAAUCCCAACGUCUGCAUCCUGCUCGAUGUCGGAACCAAGCCGGGCAGCAACUCUCUGUAUCACCUGUGGAAAGCUUUCGACACCGACUCUAACGUGGCCGGCGCUUGCGGUGAGAUCAAGGCCAUGAAAGGGAAGUUCGGCGGCAAUCUCCUCAACCCAUUAGUCGCGUCGCAAAACUUCGAAUACAAAAUGUCGAAUAUCCUGGACAAGCCUUUGGAGUCUGUCUUUGGAUACAUCACGGUGCUACCGGGUGCCCUCAGUGCAUACCGUUACCAUGCCCUACAGAACGACGAGACGGGUCACGGGCCGCUCAGCCAGUAUUUCAAGGGAGAGACGCUGCAUGGUCAGCAUGCCGACGUCUUCACUGCGAACAUGUAUCUGGCCGAAGAUCGUAUCCUGUGUUGGGAGCUGGUGGCCAAGCGCAGUGAAAGAUGGGUGCUGAAGUAUGUGAAGGGCUGCACCGGCGAAACUGACGUUCCUGAUACUGUCCCGGAGUUUAUCUCCCAACGGCGUCGUUGGCUGAACGGCGCCUUCUUCGCUGCUGUCUACUCGCUCGUGCAUUUCAAGCAGAUAUGGUCAACCGACCAUACCCUGGCGCGGAAAGUGCUUUUGCAUGUCGAAUUCGUGUACCAAGCGCUGCAGCUCCUCUUCACCUACUUCUCCCUCGCCAACUUCUACCUGACCUUCUACUUCGUGGCUGGUGGCCUGACGGAUCCCACGGUGGACCCCUUCGGCCAUAACAUCGCGCUGUACAUCUUUACAAUCCUCCGCUACGUCUUUGUCCUGCUGACCAGCAUGCAAUUCAUCCUGUCCCUCGGCAACCGGCCGCAGGGCGCCAAGAAGCUCUACCUGACCAGCAUGAUCUGCUACGGCAUCAUCAUGGCGUACAACACGUUCGCGUGCGUGUACAUCGUGGUGCGGACCGUGUCGGCCAAGGACUCGGUGACGCUCGGGCACAACGUCUUCACGAACCUGGUGCUGUCGCUGGCGUCGACGGUGGGGCUGUACUUCCUGAUGAGUUUUCUGUAUUUGGACCCGUGGCACAUGUUCACGAGCGCUGCGCAGUACUUCAUGCUGCUGCCGAGCUACAUCUGCACGCUGCAGGUGUACGCGUUCUGCAACACGCACGACGUGACGUGGGGUACCAAGGGCGACAACGUCAUGAAGACGGACCUGGGCGGCGCCGUCGGCAAUGGGGCGGACGGCACGGUCGAGCUCGAGAUGCCGUCGGAGCAGCUUGACAUCGACUCGGGCUACGACGAGGCACUGCGCAACUUGAGGGAUCGCGUCGAGGUGCCCGCGCCGCCGACCUCGGAGGCCCAGAUGCAGGAGGACUACUACCGCUCCGUGCGCACCUAUAUGGUGGUCAUCUGGAUGGUGGCCAACGCCAUCCUAGCCAUGUCCGUGUCCGAGGCGUACGGGUACGUGCACGUCGGCGACAACUUUUAUCUUACCUUCAUCCUGUGGUCCGUCGCGAGUCUGGCCAUCUUCCGCGCCAUUGGCAGCACGACGUUUGCCGUGCUCAACGCCGUCAACAUGGUCGUCGAGGGCCGCGUGCGCAUGAGCCUGAAGGUGCCACAGUGGAUGGGCGGGCUGGGGAGCCGCGUCAGCAGUCGCUUUAGCGAGACUAUGAGCAGUAUCGGCAGUAGUGUAGGGAGGUGA